AUGAGUCAUAUCCAGAAAUUUAAUUAUUGGCCACGUUAUGUAGCUCGUUUGAUCAGGUUCCGUCCUGUUUAUCGAAAAGAACUUCUAGGUUGGCGUUUUGAAACGGAUCAUAUGUUUCAACGGCCCAAUCCUCUACCAAAUGAAAAAAAAGAAGAAAAAUAUCUACCGAUUUGGCAUUUUUCUGAGAAACCCCCUUGGAACGUUGCUAACCGCAUAUCCGAAUUCCCAUAUCCGAAUAUAACUUGGUGCGUUAUUCAUCCGAAUGGUCGCAAAGAAGCACGAAAGUUGCAACCUAUGCUACCUGAAGACCAAUUGAUUUUUAAAGGUGAUCGUGUCCAAAUACUGUGUGGCCCGGAUAAAGGAAGAGUUGGUAUUGUUUCUUCAGUCUUAAAAAUCAGACGCUUGGUCUAUGUGGAUGGACUUAAUUAUCGUUUAACAGCUCUUAAAAAAUAUGAUUCUUUAAAAAGAAGCGAGGACCCGUUAGAUAUUGAUACCCAGGUUGCUCUUUUGGAUCCAUCAAAUAAUGAACCUUGCAAGUGCUCCUGGCGGUACACUGAAGAGGGAAAUCGGGUCCGUGUUUCCCUACAAACAGGUCAUGUAAUCCCUCUACCAGCUGCAGCCAGACAUUUAGAUGACUUAACCGAUCCUAAAACAGCUGUUGUCAGUUCAAAAGAUACUUGUGAACCAGUUGUUUGUAAUGUAUCCCUCAAGUCUCUCACUUCGACAUCAGAUGUCAGUUUCGAAAAGAGUUUGCUCAAGGAUUUAAAGUUAAAGGACGAUUGUCUUAAGCAAACUCCUACAUAUUGGUAUUGA